AUGGUGGUGGCCAUUGUUGGUGUCGGCGGGAUUGGCAACACUACUCUUGCCCAGAACGUCAUCAAUGAUGAAACCAUGAAGGCCGAGUUCGACAACACAAUAUGGUUAAGCAUCAACAAGGACUUUGACAAGGUUGAGUUACUAAGAACAAUCAUCACGCUCGCCGGGGGUGUACAUGGAGGUGAAAAGGCAUUGGUUGUGCUUCAGUCGGUCCUCACCACUGCCUUGAAAGGAAAGAAGCUAUUCCUGGUACUAGAUGAUGUAUGUAAUCAUGGAGCAUGGCUUGAUGUGCUUAAAACGCCCUUGGAUAAUGUUGUGGCUCGAGGUAGCCGAGUCCUCAUCACUACUAGAGAUGAAAAAGUAGCCCGAGGGAUGAAAGCUGAGCUUCCCUACCACCAUGUCAACAAAUUAGAGGAGGAGGAUGCCUGGUCGUUGCUCAAGAAACAGAUUGUCUCAAGUAAGACAAAUGGACAUGAAAUUGAUAUGCUCAAGGAUAUUGGGUUGCAAAUUGUAGCAAAAUGUGAUGGUUUGCCUCUUAGUAUCAAAGUAAUGGGAGGGCUCUUGUGCCAAAAGGACAAUAAGCGCCGUGACUGGGAGAUGGUUCUGGAUGAUUCUAUAUGGUCAGUAUCUGGAAUGCCUGAAGAGUUAAAUCAUGCAGUAUAUUUAAGCUAUGAAGAUUUACCUUCCAGCAUCAAACAAUGUUUUCUAUGCUACUCCCUUCUCCCAAAAGCUGCAUUGUUUAGAAGAGACAACAUAAUUGCCAUGUGGAUUGGUGAAGGAUUUCUUCACGGAACCUCAGAUGACUUAGAAGAACUAGGUAGCAAGUACUAUAAGGAGCUGAUACUAAGAAACCUUAUAGAGCCUGAUGCAUACUACGUUGAUCAACGUGUUUGCAACAUGCAUGACGUUGUACGCUCAUUUGCUCAAUAUGUGUCUAGAGAUGAGGCACUAGUAGCUCACAGUGGAGAAACUGAUGUUGUUACUAAACUUCAUGUACAUGAGUUUCUUCAGAUAUCUGUAGAAAACAAAGCAUCGGAAUCAGAUGGGUUGGACUGGAGCUCUUUACAAGCACAAAAGACAUUGAGAACACUAAUGUCGGUUGGACACUUAAAUAUGAAGCCUAGUGAUUCGUUGGGUAAUUUUCCAUGUCUACGAACUUUAUGCAUAGAAUCUGCACAUGUUGCAUUGGUUCGAUCUGUGCAUAAACUCAAGCACCUGAGGUACUUGUCCUUAGAAAACACCGAUAUAUCUAGUCUGCCAGAUAGCAUUGGAAAGAUGAAAUUCUUGCAGUAUAUUAACCUUGCUGGAUGCAAACAAUUUGUUAAACUACCAGAUAGCAUUGUAAAGUUAGCGCAGCUAAGGUAUCUUAACUUCAACAACACAAGUAUAAAUGGCAUACCUAAGGGGUUCCGUGAUCUGGCAAAUCUGAGGAUAAUAGAUGGGUUUCCAGCCCGGAUGGAUGGUGAGUGGUGUAGUUUGGAAGAGUUGGGCCCUCUUUAUCAGCUCAAGCAUGUUGGAAUACAAGGGUUGGAAAAUGUAACUGCUUCCUUGUCCGCAGCAAAGGCAAAGCUUAGUGAGAAGGUGCAUAUUACGCACCUAAACUUAAAAUGCAGUAGUGUAUUGGGGGACAAUGGGAUGAUUGAAGAGGAAGAGCAACAACGAAUUGAGGUGGUGUUUGAUGAGCUCUGCCCUCCGCCCAGGUUAGAAAUUCUGUUCGUUGAAGGAUAUUUUGGCCGACGGCUCCCAAGGUGGAUGAUGUCAUCAGAUUUGCCCCUCAAUAGCUUGAGGAUUCUGUUCAUUUGCGACCUGGCUUGCUGCACACAGCUUCCUGAUGGCUCGUGUCAGCUCCCUUAUCUGGAGUUCAUUCAGAUCGAGCGUGCUCCAGCCAUCAAGCGUGUUGGAUCUGAAUUCAUGCAGUCCUGCCAUCAAAGUCCUCAUUCUUCCAAGAUGGUGCCUGCGUUUCCGAGAUUGCAAAAGAUGAAUUUAAUAGGAAUGGUGGAAUGGGAGGAGUGGGAGUGGGAGGAGCAAGUGCAAGCCUUUCCUGUCUUGCAGGAACUUUUCCUAGAGCACUGCAAACUGAAGUGUCUUCCUCCUGGCCUUGCCUCCCAGGCAAGCGCUUUGAAUAAUUUACACAUAUACUAUGUCCACAGUCUCAUCUCUCUAGCGAACUUCCCAUCUCUGGUCGAGCUGAAACUGAAUGAAAUCCUUGACCUGGAGAUGAUCACUAAUCUUCCAAGACUGCAGAAGCUUACCAUUGAAGACUGCCCAAAGUUGAAGGCGUUGGAAGGUGUUCCUGCACUCCAGAGGCUCAUACUCACGGAUAAAGACAUGGAGACGCUCCCAGAAUACAUGGGAUGCAUAAACCCAAGGCAUUUUGAGCUAUACUGCAGCCUAGCACUGCUCGCUUCCAUAGCCGCAGCACAAUCUGGCCCUGAGUGGGACAAGUUCAACCAUAUUGAGCAUGUCAAGGCAUAUGCAUGUGGAGAUGAUAAUUCAAGGAAAUGGUACGUCUUGUACACAGCUAACCCCUACAACUUGGAGACAAAUGUCGGCCUCUCUUUCUUGUCCAGAGGAACCUUAACUUUUUUAGAGGACACCCAAAGAUUCGAGUCUCUCUUCAAAAUGACAAGAAAGACCUUUAGCUACAUCUGCAGCUUGGUGAUGGGGCCGUCAAUGGAAGAUAUGAACAGCUGCACCUUUAUUGAUGGGAGGGUGCUAUCUUUACAAGAUCGAGUAGUUGUUGCUUUGAGAAGGUUGCAAUGUACUGAGCCAACAGAGACCAUAGCAUCCUCUGUUGGUGUGAGCGAGUCAACAGUCUUGUUGGUAACUGAGAGGUUUGCUGCUGCUGUGUGGCAGGAAGCAGAUCACCACUUCCUCUGGCCAGACUCCAGACAAACGGAUAAGAUCAAAUCCAUGUUUUACAAGAUCCACAAUAUGCAUAACUGUUGCGGUGUUAUAUGUACAAUUGACACUACAUUUGGACCAAACUGUGACCAUGAGAAGAUUGAGAGCACUCAGAUGCAAGUCAUCGUUGAUCCAGAGAUGAGGUUCAGGAACAUUUGGUUUGGACCGGCAGGUAGAUUAAACCACUUAAACAGAUUGUACGACUCUGAGCUCUUCCAGGAGUGCGAGAAGGGCACUUGGCUGAAUGGCAGCAAGCUGAAGGUAGCAUUAGAUGGACCAGAAGUCGGGGAAUACAUAAUUGGUGAUGCAGGAUAUCCUCUUCUCCCCUGGCUACUCACACCUUACCAUGAAGAAGACCACUCAGAUUACAAAGCGGAAUUCAAUAGGAGACACUCGGCAGCCACAACCUGUGCUAUGAAGGCAGUCGCAAGGCUCAAAGACACGUGGAAGUGCCUGCAGGGAGAGAUGCCAAGCCCCGUCAAUCCAAACACUCUAAUUCAAAUUAUCUAUGGCUGCUGCAUGUUACAUAACAUAGUCAUAGAAAUGGAGGAUGAUGCAGCCAUGCUGAGCAGCAAGUGGAGGAAUUACUCCAAGGAAGUGCGCCAGUUAGCGAAGGAGGACGCUGUCAGGGCGAGGGAUAUGCUAUCACAAUACUUCUUGGCUAGCAGGUCAUCUGAAUCUGGAGAGCAGGAUGAUGAAGCAGCUUGA